AAAACUGGGGUCUCAGAAAUUAAUCCAACUGAUCCAAAAAAAAUGUCUAAGAUCGCCUCCCUUCUCAUCUGUGGGAUUCUCCUUUGUUUAGUUCUCAGCCAUGAUGCUCGUCCUGAUCCUGAGCUUACCAAAUCCAAAAAACAAGGGGAUGUUGGGGCAGAGAAAGUUGUGAUAGAUGAUGACCAGUGCGGGCCACCUGGGAAUCGGGUGGACUUGGACUAUGUUUAUACCUGCAACAGCACUGGAUAAGUGUUAAACUGAAACAGCAGGGAAUAAUACAAAAUAAGCAGUCCUCUGAAACUGCAUUUGGCUUGGAUAGUUAGAACAUUGAUUCUGCAGAAAGAAAAGCAGUGUACAGCUUGAGAAAAUAAUAUUUUGAGAACGGU